AUGGGUUCACUUUAUGGCACACACGAGAUUGUUGAGUUAAAUGAUGAACCUAAAGUGAGUGAUUAUUCCAAUCGUUAUCACCAAUCAAGGGCAAAAGAGAAAGAGAAAAAGCCUCAAGGGUACAGUAGAUAUAUAGAAGAUGACAUCAACAAGCUAUUUGAAGGUAUCAAUAUCAGAACUUCAUUCAAUGGCUCCAGUUAUUCAGAUGAAACAGGUGGCAACACACCAAGAAAAAACCAAAACCCAUCAAAGAAACCAAUGAGAAUGAGCUAUUCAUCUUCCUCCGGAAUCGGGUAUUCCGAACCCGUGUCUUUGAAACAAGCUUUACGGGGUUUAUGUAUUUCUCAAGCUUCAGAAAUGGCUGCCAUCAAACGACAUUCAAUGCCUCCAGGCUCUCCCGCUCUUUCCGAUUCCGGUAAGUUGACCGAUUUCUACAAGUCCUUUGUUAAAGGCACUGAUUCCGGUUCCGGUUCCGGUUCCGUUUCCGUUUCUUCCAUGAAUCAAGAAAGCACAUCAAGAACUUCAGCAAAGAUUCCGAGUCUUGAAAAGUCAACAAUUAGUGUCAAAGUAAAACCUCCACAAAAGCUGAAUGAGAUUUUACUCGUACCGGAAUCGGAAAGUAGUCAAGAACCAAUACAAGAAAAGAAUUCCAUUCCUUCUCCACCUUCGUGUAUUCCAACCGAAACUUCAUCGGAAUCAGUCAAUUCCGAAGUUAACAUUAUAAAGAAUAAUCUUACACCAAGUAAGUCAACCCCAAAGUCACGCUAUAAAGGAAAGUCAACUCGUGUAGUCAAGACUGUAAUUCGAAACAAGAACCUCGUGAAGAAAAAGUCAAAGCAAGAAUUCACCUCAUCUCCUGAAACCAAUCUAAUAUGCCAAAAAUGCCACUGUACAAUGAAAGAAUCCAAAAAAGAACAACAACAACAACAACCGAAUAAAGACUCUUCAAAAUCACCACUUUCCACCAUCACAUUGAUAAGCAAUAAGAACUCAAAAUACAAAGAUAAAGGCGAAUUCACCCAAAGCUCAAAUAGCAGCAUUUGUGAAUACAGUUCAAGUACUAGCAUAAGUGAAGACAGAAAUCUCAGUGGGUGUAUUAUCAUAAACAGACCUCACAUGUCAAAAGACAUAAGAUGGCAAGCGAUUAAUCAUAUGAUGAAACAAAACGGGUUUCUAGGGUUAGGACAUUUCAAUCUGUUGAAGAAACUCGGGUGUGGGGAUAUUGGUACUGUUUAUCUCGCUGAAUUAAUCGGGACUAAUUACCCUUUUGCCAUUAAAAUCAUGGAUAAUGAGUUUUUAGAAAGAAGACAAAAAAUGCCCAGAGCUCACAUGGAAAGAGAGAUUUUAAGCAUUCUUGAUCACCCGUUUCUCCCUACACUCUACGCUCAUUUUGUAUCUGAAAACUUGUCGUGUCUGGUUAUGGAGUAUUGUCCAGGUGGCGAUCUUCAUGUCCUGAGACAGAAACAACCCGCUAGAUUCUUUCAUGAACAAGCUGCAAGAUUCUAUGUCGCUGAAGUCCUUCUUGCUCUUGAAUACCUUCAUAUGCUUGGGAUUGUUUAUCGAGAUUUAAAACCCGAAAAUAUUUUAGUCCGAGAAGAUGGACACAUCAUGGUGACUGAUUUUGACCUUUCUCUUCGUUGCUCCGUGAACCCGGUUCUCCUCCGAUCACCUUCAACGGGUCCGGGUUCGGGUCCGGGGCCCACAGAGCCACCUAGGAUGUCGGGUCCAUGUGCUGGUUCCAGUUGUAUCGAUCCUUUCUGUAUGAAACCCACAUGUCAGGUUCAAGUCUCAUGUUUCCGACCACCAAAAGGUCGGAAAACAAAACCAGACCCCGCCGGGGAACGCCGGAAACUUCCACAGAUGGUGGCUGAGCCGACGGAGGCUCGGUCAAAUUCAUUUGUCGGGACACACGAGUAUUUGGCGCCUGAAAUUAUAAAAGGAGAAGGACAUGGGAGUGCGGUUGAUUGGUGGACGUUUGGGAUAUUUCUAUACGAGCUUUUGUACGGGAGAACGCCGUUUAAAGGUCCUGGGAACGAUCAGACGUUGGCGAAUGUUGUUUUGGAGAGUCUUAGGUUUCCGGAAACGCCGCUGGUUAGUUUUCAGGCGAGGGAUUUGAUUAAAGGGUUGUUGGCGAAAGAGCCGGAGAAUCGGUUGGGGUUUCAUAGAGGGGCGGCGGAGAUUAAACGGCAUCCGUUUUUUGAUGGGCUGAAUUGGGCUUUGAUACGGUGUGCGUCUCCACCGGAAUUGCCGGAGGCGUAUGACGUGGCGGUGUCUAAGGCGGCGGCGUUAGAGAAAGCGAAAAAGUAUUUGGAUUAUAAUGGGGGUUCUGGAGGGGGUCUGGAGUUUGAGUUAUUUUAAGAUUGUGGAAGUUGAAAGUUAUUGGCCGAGUUUUGUAAUCGAUAAUCGGCGCACUUGUACAAACUAUUGCUUAGAAUUAUGAAAUUUCAGACCCAUUUGCAUCCACUUCCACCAUCUUCACGAUUUAAAAAGAAAAAACAACUGUAUAUUUGAUCAACCAAAUCAAAUGUAAAACAAUAUUUUGUAAAAUGCUAAAUUGUUACUCAAUUAUUAGGAAAAUGAAGCAAC